GCGUCCCGGCAAUCGGUGUUGCCGGUUCGUGCAAUGAGCCAGGCGAUUUAUGUCAACAAGGCCUUAUGUGUGUCGGGAAUGACGGCAACAAGAGAUGCUUCAUGAAAAAAGCACUGGGAAUGGCUUGCGGUAAGGACCCCUUCUGGGUUUGUGAUAGUGGUCUGAGAUGUCUCAAUGGAACAUGUGUCAAGGCAAUCAGACAGGGAGGCAAUUGUAACAAGCUCGGCGAUGUUUGCCAAGAGGGUUUCAGUUGUGUCGGAAAUGUCGGGAACAAGAAAUGCUUCAUGAAGAAGCCUGUUGGCAUGCCAUGCGGAAAGGAUCCGUUCUGGGUCUGUCGCAAUGGCCUCAGAUGCCUCCGCGGAGUGUGUGUACGAACGAUUGCAAGAGGUCGUUCGUGCAACAUACCCGGCAGCGUAUGUGCUGAAGGUCUUAGCUGCGUGGGGAAUCUGGGGAACAAGAAAUGUUUUAUGAGGAAGCCUGUAGGUAUGCCAUGCGGGAAAGACCCGUUUUGGGUGUGCCGGCAUGGAUUGAGAUGUAUUAAGAAUGUAUGUGUUCGGACGGUCAAUGUGGGCCAGGAAUGCAACAGCCCGGAAGCUCUUUGUCCUGAAGGAACAAGCUGCGUUGGAAAUGAAGGUAAUCGUAAAUGUUUUGCCAAGAAAGAAGCUGGGAUGCGGUGUGGAAAAGAUCCGUUUUGGGUGUGUCGUAAUGGUUUGAGGUGUGCUGGUGGCAUCUGUAAGGUCUAAUCACUGAUAUGGACGACUGUGUUACAGGGUUUGAUGGUUUUUCCGUGGUUAUUUACUUUAGGUUUUUUUUUUCGUAUUGCGGGCUUAGUAUAACCUGAUUUUCACACUCUGUGAAGCUUACUAAGUAAGCUUCUUGAUUUGAAUACAAACGUUGCAGUUGCAUUGCAGUGGCAUACUUCUCUAUUGUGAAAA